CAAAACCUAUAAUUCUUAUAUAAAAAUAGGAAUGUUACAAUUUGGGAUCCGAAUAUUUUUAAAGUAGUGGUCCCUGUUCAGAAUAGAAGUUUCCUCUUAAUUAGAGGCACGUUGUCUGGUAAUGGGGCUUCCUUAAAUCUGGUUAAUGUAUAUGCGCCAUAAAAUACGGCAGCCAAAAGUCAGCUGUGGGAUGAGCUUUCGAAUCUGAUCAGUUCUUAUGAAGGAAAGUGGGUUCUAACAGGUGAUUUCAACGCUGUUCGUUCCAUCGAAGAAAGGAAAAACUCUAACUUUAAAGUGGCAUGUGCAGAAAACUUUAACAAAUUCAUUUUUGAUAAUGGAUUACAGGAAUACCCUCUUCAGGGGCGUAAAUUCACAUGUAUCAGGGAUAAUGGCAGAAAAUUAAGCAAGUUGGACCGUUUUUUGGUAUGCUCGGAAUUUUUUUAACUCGUGGCCUUUGGCGUGCGCGAGGGUGCUUCCUGGGAGACACUCUGAUCACUGUCCUAUUAUUCUGGAGGUAGUUGAUCAUAAAUUUGGUCCUCGACCAUUCCGAAUUUUUAGUUCUUGGAUUGGUCAGCCGGGUUUUGAGGAAGUAGUUAUUGAGGCUACAGAAAGUUUUGUCUCGUUUGGUUCUCUGGAUACUUGUCUCACUUCCAAGUUUUCCCAUAUUAGAGCCCGACUGAAGUCCUGGAGGGAUGAAAUCUUAGCUAAAGAAAAAGAAAGUGUGAAUGUGGCUUUAUCCGAAUUGGAGGCUCUAGAGAACGAUAUGGAAAAUAGGGACCUAACCGAGGAAGAAGAAUGGAUUAUGGUGUAAAAUAGGAAAGUAGUGAAAGAAGUGAACUAUAGGAAGAAUGUUGAUCUUAGGCAAAGAUCGCAUAUGAAGUGGGCUUUAGAGGGGGAUGAGAACUCAAAAUUUUUUCACGCCUUGGUGAAUAAUAGGAAAGUUGUUAACACGAUUCACGGCCUCAACAUUAAUGGCGAGUGGUGUUCUAAACCAAAGUUAAUUCUGUUAACACGAUUCACGGCCUCAACAUUAAUGGCGAGUGGUGUUCCAAACCAAAGUUAAUUAAGAAACAGGCUCUCUCGUUCUUUCGGGAUAAGUUUAAAGAGCGUGUUGCUAAUAGACCGGAGUUGGUGUGUCAGAACAUCAAGAUGAUUUCUGAGGCGAACCGGAAUUUUUUAAUUGAGCCUUUUACCGAGCGAGAAAUUAGAGAGGCUGUUUUUGAUUGUGGGGAUGAGAGGGCCCCGGGCCCGGAUGGGAUGAAUUUCCGAUUUAUUAAACAUUUUAGGAACAUUUUUAAGGAGGAUUUUGUGAAGAUUUUCGACAUGUUUUACAGCUCUAACGUUAUUAACUUAGGAAGUGGGGCCUCUUUUAUUGCCUUGAUUCCUAAGGUUAAAGAUCCGGUUUCGUUAAAUAAUUAUAGGCCCAUUAAUUUGGUUGGAGUGAUUAGUAAGGUGAUCUCGAAGGUUCUUGCUAACCGUAUGAGGUUGGUUCUUGAUGAAGUUAUUUCCGACACCCAGUCGGCUUUUCUCAAAGGGAGAUACAUAUUGGAUGGCCCGCUUAUCGUUAACGAACUAAUUUCUUGGAUUAAAAAGAAGAAAUCCAAGGCUUUCUUUUUAAAAAUCAAAUUUGAGAAAGCAUACGACAACGUGAGUUGGGAAUUCGUUGCGAGUAUUCUCCAACAAAUGGGUUUUCAUAAUAAGUGGUGUUCUUGGAUCAUGGGAGUUCUUAAAUCGGCGAAUUCUUCAGUUUUGGUCAAUGGCUCGCCUACUUUCACAUUUAGACGCGAGAAGGGUAUGAGACAAGGCGACCCACUUUCGCCGUUUUUAUUCUUGGUUGUUAUGGAGGCUCUGUCUUGUAUGAUCAGCAAUGCUAAAGAAGCCGAGGUUAUAAAAGGGAUUCCCAUUCCUAAUAAUGGGCCGAACAUGUCACAUCUCCUUUAUGCGGAUGAUGCUAUUGUGAUGGGAGAAUGGUCUAGAAUUGAAAUAAUUAACAUAGUGAGAAUUCUUCGUGUUUUUUUAUCUUUGUUCAGGUCUUAAAAUCAAUCUCGAUAAGUCCAAUCUUUAUGGUAUUGGAGUGGGAUUGGAAGAAACUGGGGGGAUGGCUAACGUGGUGGGGUGUAAACCGGAUAGUCUGCCUUUCAAAUAUCUUGGCCUUAAAGUUGGAGCAAACAUGAAUCGGAUUUCCAAUUGGCAACCGGUUUAGAGAUUUUUCGGGCGCGUUUGUCUAAGUGGAAGUCGCAUCUCCUUUCUAUCGGGGGAAGGGUGGUCUUAAUAAAGUCUGUCUUGGAAAGCCUUCCGACAUAUUAUUUUUCUCUUUAUAAAGCUCCUAAGAAGAUUAUUUCAGAAUUGGAAUCGUUGAUUAAAAGAUUUCUGUGGGGAGGGUCAAUGGAAGAAAGAAAAAUGCACUGGGUCGCAUGGGAUACGGUCACUCGUCACAUAAAAGAUGGAGGUCUGGGUUUAAAUAAACUUGAAUUGGUGAAUAGGUCUCUUUUGACUAAAUGGGGAUGGAGAUUCAAGACGGAAGGCAACAAUCUUUGGAAAAAAGUAAUCGGUGCGCUUCAUUCAAAUAGGAAGGGGUGGGAAUGCAUUCCUUUUAAAAAAUCGCUUCCCAGAGUUUGGAAUAACAUAGCAAAAAUUUUUAUAAACACAAAUGUGGCUGGUCGGCCUUUAAGAAACUUCAUGAAAGGAUCUGUCGGAAAUGGAGAAGAAGUGGCUUUUUGGCUCGACUGUUGGCUUCUGAACGAGCCUCUCAAAACUGCGUUUCCGGAAUUAUUUAGAUCUGAAACUGAAAAGAGAUGUGCCGUGGCUGAUAGAAUCAAAGUUCUAAAUGGCGAAGUAUUAUUUAAUUGGAGCUGGAACUCGGAUUUGUCGUCGGAAGGCUUGGGGAACAGUCUCGAUCAACUGUUAGGUGCGCUUACAGGGAUGCAGAUUACAUCUGGAAAGGACAAUUGGAAGUGGACCUCCGAUCCAGAUGGCUGCUUUUCGGUUAAGAAUGUUAAAAGGCUGCUGAAGAAGGAUUAUGCAGCAAACAGACGUUUUGUCGUGGAAUGGUGCAGCCGGUUACCGUCCAAAGUCAACAUCCAUGGAUGGAGGCUGGAAAUGAACAAAGUACCUACGGCCGAGGCUCUUAUGUAUCGAAAUAUUGAAGUUAAUGACCCAUCGUAUCCGUUAUGCAGUCCGGAAAUAGAGACCGCAGAUCACCUUUUCAUUGCCUGUUUUAUCGCUUCAACGGUGUGGAAUGGAGUUAGUACUACAUGGUGUAAGAUCCCUCAAAUUUUCGCGUUUUCUCUUCAAGAUCUCCUUAGUAUUUAUAGCGAUCUUGCUGUGUCGGAGAAGAAAAAGGAGGCGGUGCAAGGCAUUAUUAUGGUUUCAUGUUGGAGUCUGUGGCGAGCCAGGAAUAAGUUUAAGUUUUCGAACGUUCCGGUCAAAAUAGAAGCUGGAUUUCACAUUUCAAAGUGGCAUUGAAGCGAUUCGAAUUCUUUUACUCCAAGGUUUUGAUAAGAGUGCAACAUUUGUGAAUAGUCC